AACGCGUGCGCAGUAGAGUUCAGGGGCUCCGGGUUGCUAGUUCAGAACUUGAGCUCCUGUCAGUCAGUCAAUCGGAAAGGAUCCUGUCGGUUAACUUAUCUGCAUCGCGUUCCCCAGCCCCGUCUUUCCAGGGAAGGGAAGGGGAGGCGAAGCGGAGCCCCGAUCCCCUCUUCUCCCCCAAUGGGGCAGAAACGACAACGGCAGCGCAAUAAGGGAGCCGGAGCCUGAGCCUGAGUGACCCCGCGUCCCUCCUGGGCCCGCCCAGUCUGAGCCUCUAGGCUCCGGCUCCGGCCCGGCCCGGCCGCCGCCAUGGGAGACCCCGCCCCAGCCCGAAGCCUGGACGACAUCGACCUGUCCGCCCUGCGGGAUCCUGCAGGGAUCUUUGAGCUGGUAGAAGUGGUCGGCAAUGGUACCUAUGGACAAGUGUAUAAGGGUCGACAUGUGAAGACAGGGCAGCUGGCUGCCAUCAAGGUCAUGGAUGUCACAGAGGAUGAAGAGGAAGAGAUCAAACAAGAAAUCAAUAUGCUGAAAAAAUAUUCCCACCACCGCAACAUUGCAACAUACUAUGGAGCCUUUGUCAAAAAAAGCCCCCCGGGAAAUGAUGACCAGCUCUGGCUGGUCAUGGAGUUCUGUGGUGCUGGUUCUGUGACAGAUCUGGUGAAGAACACUAAAGGAAAUGCUCUGAAGGAAGAUUGUAUCGCCUACAUUUGCAGGGAGAUCCUCAGGGGGCUGGCCCACCUCCAUGCCCACAAAGUGAUCCAUCGAGAUAUCAAAGGCCAAAAUGUGCUGCUGACAGAGAAUGCGGAGGUUAAGCUAGUGGACUUUGGGGUGAGUGCCCAGCUGGAUCGAACAGUGGGCAGGCGGAAUACAUUCAUUGGUACCCCCUACUGGAUGGCCCCAGAGGUUAUCGCCUGUGAUGAGAAUCCUGAUGCCACCUAUGACUACAGGAGUGACAUAUGGUCUCUAGGAAUCACAGCUAUUGAGAUGGCAGAGGGAGCCCCCCCUCUAUGUGACAUGCACCCCAUGCGUGCCCUCUUCCUCAUCCCACGGAACCCCCCGCCGAAGCUGAAGUCUAAGAAAUGGUCUAAGAAAUUCAUUGACUUCAUUGAUACAUGUCUCAUCAAAACAUACCUGAGCCGCCCACCCACUGAGCAGCUUCUCAAAUUCCCUUUCAUCCGAGACCAGCCCACAGAGCGACAGGUCCGAAUUCAGCUUAAGGACCACAUUGACCGUUCUCGAAAGAAAAGGGGCGAGAAGGAGGAGACAGAAUAUGAGUACAGUGGCAGCGAAGAGGAAGAUGACAGCCACGGAGAGGAAGGAGAACCAAGCUCAAUCAUGAAUGUGCCUGGUGAAUCAACGCUUCGACGAGAAUUCCUUCGUCUUCAGCAGGAAAACAAGAGCAACUCAGAGGCCCUGAAACAGCAGCAGCAGCAGCAGCAGCAGCAGCAGCAGCUACAGCGUGACCCAGAAGCUCACAUCAAGCACCUCCUCCACCAAAGGCAACAGCGGAUUGAGGAGCAGAAGGAAGAGCGUCGGCGUGUUGAGGAGGUUGGGGCCGAGCCCUGGGAUGGAAGAACCAGUGGAGUGACGCAACAACGUCGAGAUCGGGAGCAGCGAAAGCUGCAGGAGAAGAAGGAGCAGCAGCGACUAGAGGACAUGCAAGCCCUUCGAAGGGAGGAGGAACGCCGUCAAGCGGAGCGAGAACAGGAAUACAAGCGAAAACAGCUGGAGGAACAGCGACAGUCAGAGCGGCUUCAGAGGCAGCUGCAGCAGGAGCAUGCCUAUCUCAAGUCCCUGCAGCAGCAACAGCUCCAGAAGCAGCAGCAGCCACCGGCACCAGGAGACAAAAAACCCCUGUACCACUAUAGCCGGGGUGCUAACCCUGCUGACAAGCCAGCUUGGGCCCGAGAGGUAGAGGAGAGGACAAGAAUGAACAAACAACAGAAUUCACCCCUGGCCAAGCCUAAGCCAAACAGCACAGGACCAGAUCCCAGUCCCCCACAAGCCCCUGUUGGGCCUUCUGGCCCCCUUUCCCCAACCCCACCUAUGCAGAGGCCUGUGGAGCCCCAGGAAGGACCACACAAAAGCCUCGUUGCGCAUCGGGUCCCACUGAAGCCAUAUGCAGCACCUGUGCCCCGUUCUCAAUCCCUACAAGAUCAACCCACUAGAAACCUGGCUGCCUUCCCUGCUGCUCAUGACCCUGACCCCACUGCCCCCCCACCCACAGCUACUCCCGCCUCUCGUGGAGCCAUCAUCCGACAAAAUUCAGACCCCACUUCUGAGGGUCCUGGCCCCACACCAGCCCCCCCACCUUGGAAUCGAGCAGACAGUGAGGCCCCACCUAAGGUUCCCCAGAGGACCUCAUCCAUUGCCGUUGCCCUUAACACCAGUGGAGCUGGAAGUUCCCGGCCAGCACAACCUGUCUGUGCCAGUAACCCAGACCUUCGAAGGAGUGAGCCAGGCUGGGAACGUGGAGACAGCAUCCUUCAGUCCCAUGGCCACUUGCCACAGGCUGGCUCACUAGAACGUAACCGAGUAGGAGCAUCCUCCAAGCUGGACAAUUCUCCCAUCCUGUCCCCAGGGAACAAAGUCAGACCUGAUGACCAUCGCUCUAGGCCUGGCCGGCCUGCAAGCUAUAAGCGAGCAAUCGGCGAGGACUUUGUGCUGCUAAAGGAGCGAAUGGCAGAUGAGGCCCCCCGGCCUCCCAAGAAAGCCAUGGACUACUCAUCUUCUAGUGAGGAGGUGGAGAGCAGUGAUGAUGAUGAAGAGGAAGAAGGAGAUGGGGACCACUCUGAGGAGAGCAGGGACACUCCCGGAAUUCGUGAUGGAGACACGGAUAGUAUCAGUACCAUGGUUGUCCAUGAUGUUGAGGAAUUGUCUGGGGCCCAGACCCCCUAUGGAGGAGGCACCAUGGUGGUCCAGCGGACUCCUGAGGAGGAGCGGGGACUACUACAUAGUGACAGCAAUGGCUACACUAACCUGCCUGAUGUGGUCCAGCCCAGCCAUUCACCCACUGAGAGUGGCAAAGGCCAGGGCUCCCCAGCUAAAGAUGGAAGCAGUGAUUACCAAUCUCGUGGCUUGGUGAAGGCCCCAGGCAAGAGCUCCUUCACUAUGUUUGUGGAUCUGGGAAUUUACCAGCCAGGAGGCAGUGGGGACACUAUCCCCAUUACCGCCCUGGUGGGUAGAGAGGGUGGGCGGCUGGAACAGUUGCAGUAUGAGGUUCGAAAAGGCUCUGUGGUCAAUGUGAACCCCACUAAUACUCGACCCCACAGUGACACCCCUGAAAUUCGAAAGUAUAAGAAACGAUUUAACUCAGAGAUCCUCUGUGCUGCCCUGUGGGGUGUGAACCUGCUGGUAGGCACAGAGAAUGGAUUGAUGUUGCUGGAUCGAAGUGGGCAGGGGAAAGUAUAUGGGCUCAUCGGACGGAGACGUUUCCAGCAAAUGGAUGUCCUGGAAGGACUUAACCUGCUCAUCACCAUCUCAGGGAAAAGGAAUAAGCUUCGAGUUUACUACCUAUCCUGGCUCCGGAACAAGAUCUUACACAAUGACCCAGAGGUGGAGAAGAAACAGGGAUGGACUACUGUGGGGGACAUGGAGGGCUGUGGGCACUACCGAGUUGUGAAAUACGAACGCAUUAAGUUCCUGGUAAUUGCCCUGAAGAACUCAGUGGAGGUGUAUGCUUGGGCCCCCAAGCCCUACCAUAAAUUCAUGGCUUUCAAGUCCUUUGCUGACCUCCCUCACCGGCCACUGCUGGUUGACCUGACGGUGGAGGAGGGGCAGCGGCUCAAGGUCAUCUAUGGCUCUAGUGCUGGCUUCCAUGCUGUUGAUGUGGACUCAGGGAACAGCUAUGAUAUCUACAUCCCAGUGCAUAUCCAGAGCCAGAUAACCCCUCAUGCCAUCAUCUUCCUUCCAAAUGCUGAAGGCAUGGAGAUGCUUCUUUGCUAUGAGGAUGAGGGUGUGUAUGUUAAUACCUAUGGCCGGAUCAUCAAGGAUGUGGUGUUGCAGUGGGGAGAGAUGCCUACCUCUGUAGCCUACAUCUGCUCCAACCAGAUCAUGGGCUGGGGUGAGAAGGCCAUUGAGAUCCGCUCCGUGGAAACAGGGCACUUGGAUGGAGUCUUCAUGCACAAGCGAGCACAGAGACUCAAAUUCCUUUGUGAGAGGAAUGACAAGGUGUUCUUUGCCUCAGUUCGAUCUGGAGGUAGCAGCCAAGUUUACUUCAUGACUCUGAACCGUAACUGCAUCAUGAACUGGUGAUGGGGACCCCAGGCUGAGUAGGGGUAGGUGGGGUAUAUAUCCAUACUGGACAUAUAACCCACAUCUCACCCCCCUUGCCCCCAACAACAACAAAAAUCCAGGCUUCCCAGGCCGCUCCCUCCCUACCCUCCCUGGGCUUUUGCUUUUUUUAGUUUGAUUCACUGGAGCCUGCUGGAAACGUGACCUAUGACCCCUGAAGCUUUUUGUGAUCACGUGACCUCCCUUUUCCUGCUCUCUCAAAAUGUUUUCUCUUAAAAAACUGUGCCUCCCCACCCCCCACCUGUGGGUAGAGGUACAGCUCCCUCCCACCAGAAAUUAUUUGGGAACCAACCCCUUUCCCCCCUCUUUCUCCCCCCCCCAAAGAGGAAAGUGCUUGGGGAUGCCUCCCUUCAUUCUACUGCUGCUGUCUAGGGCAGAGUCGCAGGGCCCCUUUUUUUGCACGCCAGGGGGACUGACUCCCCCAAUGAAUGUACCAGACCCUGGGGGGGGUGGCAUAGAGACAGGGGUCACCAGUCACUCCAGGGGAAGGGGGGAGAUGGUCCGUGGAGACCAUUUCCUCAUCACUCUCUGAAAGCACUUUAAUCAUCUCCCCCCCACCUCCAGGGAAUGGGGAGGGGGGCUGCCAGCCAAAAUAUUCCUCCCCCUUUCCAAUAUUAUCCCUCCUUUCCUCUCCUCCAAUGCUCUUCCUUGAUGGGGGGGGCCAUGGGGCUAGCUACUGCUCUCAUCUAACCCACCAUCCCCACCUUGCUUGCAUUUGUAUAUAGUGUGAGCAGCAAGUAGCCCCCUUCACCCUAUUCCCUGCCCCCAAUCUCAAUGUAGUGGCCUUGGAAACCUCAUUUGUUAAUAAAGACAGAAUUCAACCAGCUUCUCCUA